GACUUUUUUGUUACCAACCGUCCCCAAUGUCAUUCGAGUCAGCUGAUUGUGAUAUUUUAGUGUGGUUAUAAAAGCCAAAAAAGUGGGUUUUUUGUUUAUAUUUAUUUAUUUUCAAAUAGUGCAAUGAAAUAUCUGGGUUAUUUAAUAACCGGAAAUGGAUAAAUACACGGUGGAUUUAGACCAGGUUUUGAACGAUUUCGAAUAUAGCGAACUAACCGACCAACACAGUUCAAACCACAAGCAAAAUUUCAACAAUUUCAAAAACUCGAAUGUCAAACAUUCGAUCAACAACGUCUUUCACAGCCUGAACGAGUAUUUAAACACCGAUAUUUCACCCAAAUGUGAGCCGAUUUUGCCCGAGACUGGCGAAAAUUCCGCCAAUAAUGCGCCCGAAGAGGUCACUCAAAGUGACGAAAACCACGUAAUUGAGGCCGAAAACGGCGAAAUUAACCACGUAGUUGAGGAAGAAACUGAAAUAAUCUCACUAGUAGAGGAUAAGAACGAGGAAAGUGAUCAGGAAGAAUCUGAAGAAACGGUUGAAGUCGAGUCACGCGACUCGCCCCCGGUUGAGGAAAAUCAAGUCGCUUUGGUUGCAACAAACGAGUCAAUUGAACAAAAGACUGACGAACCAAGUGACCUUGAGAGUGAAGAAAAGGGCGACACAGGUGUGUCCAAAGUAGGCUUUGAUGACGACAUUGAUUUAGAUGAGUCGGAAUUGAACCGAUAUUUGGACGAAUUGGAGCAAGAAUAUGACAAUACAACACCCAAAACAAGCGAAGAAGACGAAACAACAUCAAGUGUGCGGCCUAACAACCUGCCAUUGCCACAACAAGAGGACGAAAAACCGGUCAUAGACCUAGUGGGCGAGCCUGGUUCAACUCCCUAUAACAACGUUUACGUAAAUAAGGAGUUGCCCCAGGAAGUGAAACAAAACAGUGAUACUGAAUGUUCAACUUCCGCUUCCCCCACUUUUUCGGACAUUUCCAGUGAGACAAAUUCGUCGUGCACGCCCUCCACCGACACGGUGGAGGAGCCGGCACGGGAGGCGGCCCCAACCGAACCCCCCGAAGGGGGUGCCGGUGACCAACUGGAGCCCCCGCAAGUUUCAGACGCUACGUUGGGUAAACAAGCCCCCGUGUGGAUCCCCGAUUCGGAAGCGCUCAAUUGCCAACAUUGCGACACUAAAUUCACUGUAAUCAAACGUCGCCACCACUGUCGUGCCUGUGGUUACGUCCUGUGUUCGAAAUGUUGUAACCUUAAGUACAGGCUUGAGUAUCUCGACGAUGUGGCACGAGUUUGUACGAAGUGUUACGAACAGUUGGAGAAAGCCGCCACGGUUACCAAUAGUUCAGACAGCGAGUCAAAUUCCCCCAGAUCGCAACCGAAUCCGAAUAAUCCACUUGAGUAUUGUUCAACUGUACCACCACAUCAGCAAGUGGCAGGGAAUGUGGCACCGCCUGCUGUGAUGGUGCCAGUUGGGGUGCUUAAGAGGAAAGGGUCGAGUAAAAGGACUAAUAAAAGUGUGAUGUUUUGCGAUGGAAUUAGGCCCGGGAGUGAUUUAACCAAUCUGGAUAAUGAUUUUAAUUACAGUGGGGUCAAAGGGGGCGAGAAAAAUUUUCCGGUUGUUGAUCCGGAAACUAAUAGUUUUAUACCCAAGGGGGACGAUUUGCCCCCGACUGUCACCAUAAACAAAUCAGAUGUGUCGUAUUUGGAGUGCAGUAACGGGCCAAACGUGGUUGAAAUGUUGAAAAACGAGACUUUGAUUUUUUCUCUGCAAACUAAUCUCCUUGUUCACGUCAAGAUAAUUAACAUGGAUUGUUGUAUAAACAAGACGGCGUGGUGUUUUUCCACCGAAGGCUUGAUAAAUGUAGGUCAGGACGAAAUAGUAAUUCUUCUCGAAUUACUAGAUGAUGAAAAAACCGUUCCGAAGGAUGUUUUUUUUCAUUUGAAUUACAUUUAUUUGGAUGCGGUUAAAGGCACGUCUGUUAAAGAAAUGGGCUUGUCGUUGCAUUCAACAACGAAUUUUUUGGGCUCGAAAAAUCAUGCCGGUUUUGUGUACAUUCGGCCAACAUUCCAGUGUUUAUGUAACGUGAUAAAGCCGCAAGAGCCGUUUCUGAUUGGUGUUUUGAUACAUAGGUGGGAAACAUCUUGGGCGAAAUUGUUUCCUUUGAGGCUUAUUUUGAGACUAGGGGCUGAGUAUAGGUAUUAUCCCAGUCCGAUUAUUUCAAAUCGGUACAGGGACAGUGUUUUUGUCGAAAUUGGACACACGAUCAUUAAUUUGCUUGCUGAUUUCCGGAACUUCUCUUACACCCUGCCCCAAAUCCGGGGCCUCAGCAUCCACAUGGAGGACAAGAACACCACUGUGACAAUCCCCUCGAAUCGCUACGACCAGGUGAUGAAAUCGAUGAACAAUUCCAGCGACCACAUUUUGGCAUUUGCUGGAAAUUUCAGCUGUUUGGCCGACUCACAUCUAGUGUGCAUUCAAGACACGCAAAGUAACGAAAACACUUACAGCACGCAUGCGAUUAACAUACACAAUAAGCCGCGCAAAGUGACUGGGGCGAGUUUUAUUGUUUUUAACGGCGCGUUGAAAUCAUCAAGUGGCCUAACGGCGAAAUCGUCAAUUGUCGAGGACGGCUUGAUGAUUCAAAUCCCCUCCGAACAUAUGACGCAAAUUCGCGAAAGUUUGCGAAAUAUGAAGAACCACACCAUACAGUGUGGUUGCAUUAAUGCGACGUCUGAUGAGACGGUUAAUAUCGUGUGGGGGGAGCCUGACUCGAAUUUCAACGUUGGGGUUUUUUCGCCCAUUGAUAACAAAUCGAUGGAGGGGAUUCCCUCAAUUCGGGUUCAUAACGGGAAGGAUUACGUCAAUGGGGGCCGGUUUAUUCGCUGGACUGAGGUUUUUAUUGUACAGAAUGAGGGUGAAGCGAGCCGUAAUCAGGACCCCAUUGACAUUUCCAAAGUGUCGGAGACUAUAGCUAAAGCCACGUGUACGGCACUUGUCAAGUAUUUGGAUCUGUUGAUAAGUAAUAGUUUUUAUAAAAUUGGGAUUAGGGCCAAUCUUAAUGCACUUUUUGUGGCGUACUGCGCGGGGAGUAAUGGAGUGAAGUUGCCGCCGAUUUAUAUGGAGAGUUUGGAUAAUGAAUUGGUUCCUGUGCUUCACAAGCACGCGACUAGCGAUUGUGACGAAAACACAAUAAUUCUGGAAUUAAUAUUCCGCAUUUUGAAUAAAUAGUAUUGGUGUAAUUGUUAAUUUAUACAAAUUUUAUUUGUUAUUUUAAUUAAUAAAUAUAACUAACCAAA